GUAAUUUAACGAUUUUUUAGUUACACCUGAACACCAGGUACGUUAAACAUAAAAACAAAAGCACUCUCCUCUUCCUCCUUUCCCCCGAAAAACCCUUAAACCCCGACCUUCAUAUUUGCAGUGCUAGUCUGUUUAUUUCUUCAGCUAUGUUUUUGUCAAGAACACUUGGACGAACACUAUUUGCUGCAGCUGCCAGAUCAAAACAAUAUGCCACUACAGCAGCUGCUGCUGCUGGCAGAGAAGGACACAACCCCCUUCAGGAGUUCUUUGAGGCAGACAGGAGCCCUGAUGAUGACAAACCUGUUGUUUAUGGUCGGAGUUGGAAGGCGUCUGAACUGCGUCUGAAGUCUUGGGACGACCUUCAUAAGUUGUGGUAUGUGUUGUUAAAGGAAAAGAACAUGUUGAUGACUCAACGUCAAAUGCUUAAUGCACAGAACCUGCGUUUUCCUAACCCGGAGCGCAUCCCUAAGGUGAGGAAGUCAAUGUGUCGCAUCAAGCAUGUACUUACUGAGAGAGCAAUUGAAGAACCAGAUCCCAGGAGGUCUGCUGAGAUGAAAAGAAUGAUAAAUGCUCUUUGAUGACUUAAAAUUGACCUGUUCUUGUGAUGACAUUACUGGGUAUGUUGUUAGAAUAGGACAUCUACAUUUGCGGAUGUAAGGUUCGCUAACUUGAAGCAUUGUCCAAAAAUAUUGUUUAUGAAGGAGUUUACCCGUGAAUGAUUUUUGCUUGGUUUUGUUUAAGGGUCAGUCCGGAGGGAAUCUAAUCAAUCAUUCAUUGUUCCUUGCGAUCUAUUUCUUGAUAAAGUGUUAAGUGGGUUACAUCCCAAAUAUUUUGCUGUCCUAAUUUCUAUUUACUACCUUUAGAUGUAUCAAGCAAACAGGUGUCAUCAUAUUACGUGUUAGAGGUUAUGCAAAAUGUUAGAGAGGAAGGCUUCUUCCUGCUCUCAUGUAAUAAAAAUGUUUUUCCUUUGUUA